CGCGGCACGCAAGGCAGCCCCCUAUUAUUAUUGUAAGAAUAAUUACACUUAUGAAAAUGGCGGCGAGUCAGGGAGCUGUGGGACCCGCUGUGGCUCUCCAGAGCCAUCAUUAUCCCAACGUCGCGCACUGGAACCCGGGCGUGAUGCAUCAGCAGCAGCACCCGCUACACACCGCCCGCAGUCUGGAGCGCGCGCUGGAAGACGCCGUCUGCUCCGGGAUGCUCAACAUCAGCGGAAGAAAACUGCGCGACUACCCGGGGCUCAACUACGAUCUGACCGAUACUACACAAGCAGACUUGUCGAAAAACCGUUUUUGUGAAAUCCCUCCGGAAGUUUGUAUAUUUGCGCCGCUGGAGUCAUUAAACCUCUACCACAACUGCAUAAAGGUGGUUCCAGAGGCCAUUAUCAACCUACAGAUGCUCACCUACCUGAACAUCAGUCGAAAUCAGCUGUCCGUUCUCCCCAAGUUUCUCUUCAGUCUUCCUCUGAAAGUACUGGUGGUCAGCAACAAUAAACUCCUGUCUAUUCCUGAAGAGAUCGGAAAGGCCAAAGACCUCAUGGAAUUGGACAUCAGCUGUAAUGAGAUCCAGGUGCUUCCUGCUCAAAUGGGGAAACUCCUCGCGUUACGAGAACUUAACAUACGAAGAAAUUGUCUACAAGUGUUACCAGAUGAGUUGUCCGAUCUGCCGUUGAUCAGGUUGGAUUUCUCCUGUAAUAAAAUCACUGAGAUUCCCAUAUCUUACCGCAAACUUAAGCAGUUACAGCACAUCAUUCUUGACAACAACCCCAUGCAGUCUCCUCCUGCCCAGAUCUGCCUAAAGGGAAAGAUCCACAUCUUUAAGUAUUUAAACCUGCAGGCAUGUCACCUGGAUAAAAAAACAGACUCACUUGACCUGCCUUCUCUGGGAAAACGCUGCUUGCCUCAGCAGCUGACAGACAGUAUGGAAGAUUUCUAUCCCAGUAAAAACCAUGGCCCUGACUCAGGUAUUGGCAGUGACAACGGUGACAAAAGACUGUCGACUACAGAGCCAUCUGAUGACGACACCAUGAGCCUCCAUUCUCAAGUGUCUGAGACAGCGCGGGCUGACGCACACAUACUGCUCACAAAGCUGGACUCAAACAAAGAUCAGGACCCAUAUGACUUUAUUGACCCAAAUCCAGAUGAAGAGGGCACUCUGUCUGAGGGAGAUCUACAGCACAAUGUACCCUAUGUGUCAUGUAUAAAGGAGCUGGAGCGGGUUCUGAAAACACACCAAAGCAAAGACAAAGAGAACUGGAAAGAGGAGUCUGGCUCCGAGAAAGAGCAGUUAGCUGAAGAAGAUGAGGAUGACUUAAAGGAAGUGUUGGAUCUGAGGAAGAUCGCAGUACAGCUGCUACAACAAGAGCAACAGAACAGGAGGCGAUCCCUAAUUUGUAGGGCAGAGAGUCUAAUACACCGUAGAAGAGCCCCGGGGAGAGCUCACAGGUUUCUCAGCCACUCAGGGAGUAGCACCAAACAAAGAACCUCAUCUCAGGCUGUUAGAAGUGCAUCACUAGAUGAAGGGAGCAGCUCAGUCUCCGCCUUGAGUGGACAGGAGACUGAUCUCACUGAUGAAGAUGCUGCUUUCUCUGAGCCUUCUUCCUCUUGCUCGUUUGAUGGAAGUUUGAAAUCAGAGAGCAGUGACUCAGAGCCAAGAUGGCCAGAGGUUCCUCCUGUGCUCAACCAGAAUGAGGAUCGGAGGAGAAACAAGUACCUGAGAAAAGACUACCUGAAGUAUAAGUGCCAAAGUGCUCGAAGAAACUCCAGUGGCAACGAAAAUGAUUUUGAGGAGGGAAUGCGAUCUAAUGAUUUCACCACAACUCUGACUGUUUUUGGUCUGAAACCCAGAUCAGCCUUCUCCCGUGGAAAUCGUCAAGACUUAAGCUCCACGGAGCCAAGCUUCACCAUGAGGAGAAAAAUGGAGCACCUCAGAGAAGAGAUGGAGCAGAUCAGACUCUUGCAGCAGAACCUCGAGUCUAGGCUAAAGGUUUUGUUGCCAGAUGAUGUGGGUGCUGCUUUGAUGGAUGGUGUUGUUUUGUGCCAUCUGGCUAAUCACAUUCGUCCUCGCUCCGUCGCUAGCAUUCAUGUACCUUCCCCUGCUGUGCCAAAGCUGAGUAUGGCCAAGUGUCGGCGGAAUGUUGAGAAUUUCUUGGAUGCAUGUAAAAAGCUUGGAGUGCCACAGGACAAGUUGUGUUUGCCGCAUCACAUCCUAGAGGAGCGAGGUCUGGUAAAGGUUGGUGUCACUGUACAGGCACUGCUGGAUCUUCCAUCUUCAAAACCCAACCAACUUUCUACCAUGUAGCAUUGCUGGAUCAUGGGACGUCCACUAGCAUCCCUUUAUCCUGCCUUACCACCUCAUCCUCACUCUCAGUGCUGAUCUUUGACCUACUAUGGGGAAGUCAUUACCCUUCACAACUGUGGUGAACAGGCCGGCUUCCCCCUACCUCUUAUAAGCCUCUAUGGAGGGGUCUAGACAUUUUAAAGCUCCAAUAAUGUAAUUCUUAAAGCCACACAUUUCAUUCUGAGGGGAAAUUUCUAUUCCACAGCUGGCAAUGCCGUCUGUCCCCUCUUAUUGAUGGACACCUCUGUCUCCUUUCUUCUCAUCUCUCAUGUUCACUCUUCUCUUGGACCGGUGAGCCCCCAACGGGUGAGGACAGGAGAAAAGCCCACAGCUAUCUGGCUGAUUCUGGACCAGAAGGAAGAUGUUAUUUAUAUGUCACUCCAGCCCUCUCCUGUAUGAAGUCUCUAAGAGCUGUCAGACAUCUUGUUACAUUCUGGCUGUUGUUUCCUGUCUGUUUGAAGAAAUAAGUGGGCCAGAGACAUGUAUUGAUGUAAUAACCCGAUCUGCACAGAGGACACCUGGAAAGGACAGACAAAUGCAUUGCCAUAAAAAUUGUCAUUGCUGUCACAGCUGUUGAUGUACUGCAGUCAGGUGAGUCACCGGCAGUGCAUUAGAGAGUAUUCAUUUCUUUUGGCAUGCCUGGAAGGUUUUAACACUGAAGACACUGCUCACGUGCCUGCACAAGACAAAGGCUUUUUUGUGUUCUUUUACGUACAUGUUAGCGUUUGCCAAAUGUUUGUUUUUCCAUGACUGUUUUUCUCACAGGUUUUAUUAAGUGCUUUACUUCUCACAGCCUGCGUGUGCCAGGAAUUCACGACAUCAUAAAGUUUCGCGAGUACCAGUGUAAUAGCAUUGUGGUAAAUUUUUGUCUGUUGUGCAGGUAUGGGCAGGUAUGUAAAGUUUCUGCACUAAAAAUAGGCCAAUUACAAACAUUUUCAAAAACCUUAUUAUAAUUACAGAGUAAGAACCAUCCAUUAAUGAAAGAUCUGCAUUUUGUUGAAUGAUUAAAUUUGUUCACAUUUGUUUUAUUGUUUUUUAAAUCUCUAAGAGUCUUUGAUACUUGGGAACUUGAGUGAAGUGAAGUAAAGGGUUUGAUGUGCAGCCGUUCAUUCACCACAGUAAACUCUGAAGGUUUAUAGAAAUUUUAAAAUAUGGACAAAUAGUUUUAAUUAGUUUUAUUGUGGAAUUUAUUUAUUUACCUUUAUGUACUUUUGUAUGUUUUAUUUAUUUCUUUGAGUUCUAUUUACUUCUUUAUCAACCUCAAAAAUCAGCGACACUGAUUCUUGAGUGCUAUAUAUUAAUUUCCUAACAUGAAAAUUGGAGCAGCCAUCUUAAUGGGUUGUAGCUCCGGAAGUUGCUUGCAGUCAGUUUCUGUAUGACACUUCGUUUACAUGCACACCAGAAAGAAGGUUAUGUGAGGAAGUUAUUUGUAGAAGAUCAGCAUUCAUAUUUACAUGUCCUGUUUAGCAUAUAGACUGUACAUGUGGUUUUUCUUUAAUAGACAAUAGUCAGGGUAGCGCCAUAUUUAAUUUUUGACAGGAGUGAAACAAGGCUGUGAGGGAUAGAAGCUCAAUGGAUUGUACUGUUGUUUAACAACUGUUCAGCUGAUGAAAAUCUUUCCGAUAAAAAAACUUAGUAAACAAACUCCAUUAAAAAGUUUUAAACGUUUUAAGUUGUGAAAACUAUGUGAUCUAGGACAAUUAUACAGUGUACCAUUGUAAAGACUGUAAGUUUGUCUCUCGCAGCCUCAUUUUUAUCCACUUUAAAUUCAUUAUGUUAUCUAAUCUGACUUAAAUGUAAAUGUAAAUGUCCACUACAGCAGCAGAACUCCGCUCUAAACACUACAAUCUCUCCACUUUGGGGUGUGUCUGUAGAAAGUACGAACUGUUUAUUUCAGUGCAUGGCCAAUUUAAUUGUCAUCAUAAGUUUUUUUUGUUUGAUCUUUGCACAAAAAAACUUUCUGAUGCUCUCGGCACUCUUAAUGCUUACUGCCAAUCCCACAAUUCAUCAGAGGAUUGUGAAGCUUUACUCCCAUAGGAAAGAAUUGAAAAUGCUUGCUCUGCUCCGCACAAGUGGAUGGUGCAUGUAAACGUGAAAGCUGUUAUGAUAUCUUAAAGGGAUAGUUCACCUAAAAAUGAAAAUUACCCCAUCAUUUACUCACCCUAAAGCCAUCCUAUGUGUUUGUGAUGUUCUUCUUUCAGACAAAUACAAUAAGAAAAUUAAAAAAUGUCCUGGCUCUUCCCAGCUUUAUAAUGGCAGUGAAUGGUGGUCGCGAUUUUGAAGCAAAAUAAAGUUCAUCCAUCCAUCAUAAAAAGUGCUCCACACAUCUCUGGGGGUUAAUAAUGACCUAAUAGUGAAGUGAUGCGUUUGUAUAAGAAAAAUAUCUGCCAUUCCAGUGUAUGACGGAGGAUGCGCAGGGGUCUCCAAACUCGGUCCAGGAGGGCUGGUGUCCUGCAGAAUUUAGCUGCAAUUUGCCUCAACACACCUGCCUGCAAGUUCCUAGCAUGACUAGUAAGCCCUAGCCACACAUAGCCAGACCUUCAGACUAAUUCAUGGCAGCUUUCAUUGGCCAAGGCCUGCCCAUGAGGCCUUUUGACCGACAUGUCUAUUUAACCAAUCACAGUUUAUUUCAUUUAGCGGCAUGUUUCAGGGCGUAGAAAUGUCGCCACAAUAACAGACAGGUGUGUACAACUCUCAGACAUAUUUUAAAGAUUCUAUGCCACAAACUUUAAAUAUUUCACAUACUUUAGAAAACCCAGCGUUUAGUUGAUCCUGACAAGCACUCGUUGUCACAGUUGUAAACACAGAGGCUUUCUUCUUUUGUGAGGGGGUUUGACGGAACAGUAUCUUUGUUUCCAGGCAGGACAUUAAAGAACGUGACACACACGUCUCCCGGACCUCCUGUAGAAUUCAGCCAAUCCGACUUUGACAUUCCUGAAGUGUUUCCACUUUUGUGUCCCAUAUGCAUCAGACGUUUAGCCAAUGGUCCGUGGGUGUGACGUCUGAGGCUGAGACUAAGUAAGACCUUGAUUAGCUGGUUCAGGUGUGUUUAAAUAGGGUUGGGAGCUAAACUCUGCAGGACACCGGCCCUCCAGGACCAACUAUGGACACCCCUGGCGUGGCAUAAGCUCCGGUGAAAAAUGACAAAUGCAGAAGCGCAGAGGAGAGAGCAAUAUAAAAAGCCUGUCACAAAUUAGAAUUACAAAAUGAGGAUAUGUAAAGAAAAAUGUUAGAGGAUUUUGAUGUAAUCCAAGAGUAGACUGGUUUUUCUUUGCUUUAACAAAACUUGUUUCUCACAAGACUAGCAUUUUCUCACCAGAGCUUAUGCUAUGCCUGCGUCAUCCACUGGAACACCACUCUCUCGAACGCGUGUACAGCAGUUAGCAGAAGCUAAGGAUUACAGUUUAUAAAGUAUUAAAUAUGGAUAUUUCUUCUAUGCAAACACAUCACUUCGCUUCUGAGGGCCUUUAUUAACCCUCUGGAGCCACGUGGAGUGCCUUUUAUGAUUGAUGGAAACACUUUUUGUGGCUUCAAUAUAUUUACACCCAGGAUGGCUUGAGGGUGAUUAAAUCAUGGGGUAAUUUUCAUUUUUGGGUGAACUAUCCCUUUAAGCCACUUUAUGGUGUGCAUGUAAAUAUUGUAAUUGGAGGGUAACACUUUUACUGUUCAUGACUAUUCACCAUAUAUUUCUGUGAAGAAUACAGGUAUUUUUGUUUCUCUUAUUGCAAUUGUGUCUAAUUAACCACUUCCAGCACAUCGUGAAAGAUAGUGGUGCCUGAUGGUGUUUUGAAGAGAAAACGUUCAUUGAUUUAUGCCUCUCAAAAAGUCAUUGUGUACUCAACUGGCAGCAGGAGCAGCUGUUGACACCUUUUCUGUGGAAAGGAGUCUUAGGACCCAGAUUUGCAGUGAUGAGUAAUGUCUCACUCCCCAUCAUGCUUCACACACCAUAACAGAUACGUCUGGUUCAGUUCCAGAGCUUUGUGUUGGAUGGAUUGGUGACAGCAUUUCCUCAGGCUUUAUUGCCUCCUUGACACAAUCUCAGCCAAGAACGUAGGUUUUCUAAAUGUUACAGUUCCUGUUUAAAAAAAAAUAAAAAGGUUUUUGUUUUAGUUUCACUCAGUUGCACCCUCUAAUUUAGCUGUUUCUGUCUGUUUAGCUUUAUAUUUAUGACACAAUUUCCCAAUUAGCCAUUUGUCACUCAUACGUUUCCACUUCCAUCACUUUGCAAAACUCCUGAAAUAGGUCACCUGCUUCAAGGUGUAGACUGCAUACUGCAUGCUACUUUUUUAAUAACAUGCUAUAGUACUCGGUAUGCAAGAAUAAUAAUUGAACUGUAGCAGAGAUAAUCAUUGUCAUAAGACCUCAGAUUGGCCAAUGAAAUGCUGAAUCGGGGUUCAUGACACUUACUGCAUUGUGAGGGAAAAGUAGACCGCUUGUACUGAGUAUGCACAUUUACACUGUUCAAUGAGAGGAGUAUCUUAUUUUAAUGAAAUCCACUCUCAUGUUCCCCCCUUUCCCAAUCAAAUCACUCAUCAGCUCUGAUUCACAUUUAUUUUGGUGAGAAGCUGUUCAGUUUGUAAAAAGAAGUUUUGAUUAAAAAGUAAUAGACAGGUCUGAGAUGCCUACGCAGUGCGUACUGUAUGUAUAAAUGUUUUUGUAUGACAAAUUGAUUGCAUGUCUGGAUCAUACCAUCAUUCAUGUACAUAAUCUAUGUUUUAACACAUUAGGAUGUUUCCUAAAAAGGCAACAAACCGAAACAUUUCAAAGGUCAAAAUACUGGAAUAAACUGAUCAUUUACAGUG